CAUGGCUACCCAGACUAUUUGCAUUGCUCUGAUGACACAGAUGACUUCAUCAACAAAGACAAGUAAUGUGUGUUAUGUAGAAAGUUGUAUUCAAAAACAUUUGAUAAAAAAGUAGGCUAAUUCCCCAGCAAGCAGAUACAACUAGUAGAAUCAUUUUGGUUGUGAAGUGCAUUAGCAAAUAGAUUUGUCCUUUCUUUAGAACAAAAUACAAUUUACCACUUGGCUGUCUAUUAUAUUACCUGUCACAGGCCCUACCAGUCAACACCACCUCAUAAGCCUGCCUGCUGCACUUGUUCAAGAGAUGUCCAGUUUGCAGCCGGACAUGGGGGCCGUCAUCAGCAUAAUGCAGACAUGCCCUCGCUGUGAGUAUUCCUAUGAAUGGAACAGUCAGUCACAUGUUGGCAAGUAUCCAACCAGCAACCUUCACCUGUCAGCGGCAACAGCUUUCACCGUCUCAUAAUUUGUACUAAUACAGAAGGUAAUCCACUUCAUUACUUUGAUCCAUUUGAUAACCCAAUUUUGAAACUAAAUGUAUGUAAACUGACAUUAUUUGUUGCUAUUUUCUACUUAGAUGCAUAUAAUGUGUGUGUGUUUGUUUGUUUGUGUGUGUGACUGACCAGUAUCUUUGAGGAGGGGGCAGGAGCUAAUCUACGCUGCCAUGUCUAUCAAUGGGGCUCUGCCAAUGACCUUACCUCCAGCCUCACCUCUUGCCUGCUCACCAACGAUCGUCGAUGGGGAGAACAGAAUUAGAAACAUACAUGGAGACUUGCAAGAUGAUGUGAUGAAGUCCAGACCGACAGACGCACUUGAUACUGAUGUCUCUGAAUGUAGAGAGACCUGGAACUCAUCAUAAAAUGUUUACUAGACACAACUUUUACUUGUAUUGUCUUUUUUAUUAUUGAAUGGAAUGGUAUCAGUCAGUAUGGGUAGGAAGAAACCCUGUGUAUUCUGCACCAGGAUCAGGGCACUCCUGUUGUAUACGGGACACCACACAGGGAGGUAUGACCACUCUGACAUGUUUGCCAAGGUGGCCCCAUUACCACAAGAGAAAAUGCCGAUAGGCACAGUGUCUGUAUUGGCUGGGAAUGGCAAUGAAAGGUGAAAGGUGCACAUUGUUAUAUUAGCAGAACACUGCUUCAAUGGUAUUAUGUAAAGGGUUGUUUAUUCUACAUGGACCUGUUACUACAUUUGAAAGAUAUCAAAACACUUUGUUUAUAACAUCUACAUAAAUUCAAAAAUUGAAUUCUUCUCAUAUUAUUCUGUAGGCUACUCCCCUAUUCAAAGCUUCCUCAGGCAUCUCACCAUACAUCCGCCUGUAGUUGAGUUCAACCUGCAGGAUGUUUGUUUGUUGUGAUUUGUGGGGAGAAACAGCUGCUGGCAAGGUUAUGACAGAUGGGUGUGUCUUGGUGGUGGCAAGGACACACCUGAGAAACACAUCAAACCACACCCCCAAGCCAACUCGCGUUCGGCUUCUGUCAUGGCUGCCAGCAUUUCAUAAGCAGCAAGCCAAAAAACGAGGCCAAAUCAGCAGGUGUAGUUCCCGUUUAAGGUUGUAACACAUUGGACAGGAGAAACAGUUAAAUGGGAAAAUAGCGCUUUAGAGUUUGACAACAGAUAUAACAUUUGUUUAUUGUUUUCAAUAUCUAACAUGACUCUUCAUUUUCAGUGCACUUUAACACGUGAAUAUCCAGAGUAUGUUAAAAUUAUUGAAGUCGGACCAAGAGACGGACUUCAAAAUGAAAAGGAAAUGGUUCCGACAAGAGUCAAAAUCCAGCUGAUAAACAUGCUCUCGGAAACAGGCCUGCCUGUGAUCGAGGCCACCAGCUUUGUGUCUUCAAAGUGGGUACCACAGAUGGCGGACCACACUGAAGUGCUUCAAGCCAUCCACAGAUCUUCUCAUACUCGUUAUCCUGUACUGACACCCAACAUGCACGGCUUUCAGGAUGCUGUUGCAGCUGGUGCUACUGAAGUGGCCGUGUUUGGGUCUGCCUCUGAGACCUUCAGUCAGAAAAAUAUCAAUUGCUCUAUUGAUGACAGCAUGCUGAGGUUCGAGGAAGUCAUUUGCACUGCUAAACAACAACAGAUUCCAGUCCGUGGAUAUGUUUCUUGUGCACUAGGAUGUCCAUACGAGGGACCCAUUGAACCCACUAAAGUUGCAGAGGUGGUAAAGCGGUUGUAUGAACUGGGCUGCUAUGAGGUGUCUCUGGGGGAUACUAUCGGCGUGGGCACCCCAGGCUCCAUGGCCAAGAUGCUGCACUACGUCAUGAAAGAGGUACCCAGCAGCGCUCUGGCCGUUCACUGCCACGACACCUAUGGCCAGGCUCUGGCCAACAUCCUAACUGCACUGCAGAUGGGGAUUUGUGCGGUGGACUCGUCUGUAGCAGGUCUGGGCGGGUGCCCAUAUGCCCAGGGAGCCUCUGGUAACGUGUCAACAGAAGAUGUUCUCUAUAUGCUCCAUGGCAUGGGCAUUAAAACUGGAGUCGAUCUCUCCAAGGUAAUAGAGGCAGGUGAUUUCAUCUGCAAAGCCUUAAAGCGCAAGACCAACUCCAAGGUAGCCCAAGCAAGAAGCAACUCCUCGUGAUUGAUACAAGAAGAAGAUAAAGACCUUUAGCAGUGUUUUGUCCUGCUGAUGCUGCAUAUAGAUAGCCAACGAUGCUAUACAAAGUGCAAUAUACAUUUUUUUUUAAACCAAAAUUGAUGGCCAUUUAGCAGAGGCACUUUAUUAAAACGUUGCUGGAUAAGGCCUACUUAAAUUCAAGAAAUAACUGAACUUUUUUAACCAAAAAACCUCUUCCAGUUAUCACGUAUAGACUGUCUGGCAGGAGGUGAAAGAUAGAGAUGACUCCUCACUAAGUUGUGAAAGUUAUUCAUGGUGUUUCUGUGGGGGUCUCUUCCCAUUCAUUUCCAGCUCAGCAGGAGUCCUGCUGGGUUUUAAACCAGUGAGCGUCGAUCAUUGUCUCCCUCAAAAUGUAUUUCUCUCCCUCAACAUGUAUUUUCAAGUCUGUGCUCUAUUAACAUGGAAGUCUGCCUGUCUCCACAUGUAAAAUAUUGAUUCGUUUUUUCUCUCUUCAAAGCAAAUGUUAUUUGUCAUGUGCCAAAUACUGGUAUAGACUACAGUGAAAUUCUUGCUUACGAGCCCUUCACAACGAUGCAGAGUAAAACAAAUAAUAGUAACACAAUUCAUCCUCACCAGUGCAUGACCCCAUUCAAAACCAUCUAGAUGGUUACGACCAUUCAUUUUAUUCUGUAGAGUUAAAAGCACAGUAGGCGGCAGCUUUAUGUCGACCUAUUGUAUGUGCAAUAGUCAGAGGGGUCAAAUGUAUUUUACCUGGAGAAGCCUCUUAACCGUUUAUUUUAGUUGAAGUAGGCCUUCUGAUCAUACAGCAUCUCUAAGAACACCGAACAAUAUCAUGAACUUUGUUGUAUAACAAAGUAUUUAACCUCCCUUCCACUAGACUGUACUCCUUUUAAAACGCCUCACAAAAUGUCAAUAUACACAAGUAAAUUAUUUUAUUAAUUUGCAUUUCAAUAGUAAUAGUAAUGAAUGCAGUUCAAUGUGAAGUAUUAUGUGACAAAGCUCCAUAAUAAGAAGAAAUAUAUUCAAUGUAUGUAGUGACUUUAUUCUAUGGGUUCAUCUUGCAAUAGGAAGCAACAUUUAUAUUAUACAUUAAAUAAAAAGUUAUUUAAAAAGG